CCAUCGCUUUUUGAUAUCGUUCGACGACGUCAUCGUUGCGUUUUUAUUUUUGGAACAUCGUCCGUAGAGCUGGAUCCUCGUUCCAUCUCGCUCGCGCACGUGCGCUCAGAUGCGGCUUAGGACAAGGCGCUGAUGUUUAUUUUUAAUCUCGCGAUUUUCAUUUUUCUCGUACGCUAAUUAGAAAUUUUCCCCAUUAAUUCCAUCUAAAAUACGCAUAGUAAAACAAAUGGCAACAAAGCGAAAGCCAGUGCACUCGCAAACGGGGCCCACAUUGCAACGUCCUAGCAUGAACUUCCGGCCGGGGAUGAAUGACACGACAGCACGCGCCGAGGCCAAAGGCACACGACCUACGGCAACACCAACUUCGAUAAAGGAGGUUCUGACGAUGAUGGUGUUACACGUUUGCAAGAAAAUUAUAUUCUUCGACACGAAUCUCAAGGUGCCACUCUAUCUGGGGAGUUUAUUCUUUGUGUCGCUGGUGGGAGAUUUCCUGCCAUAUCCCAAAACGUACCUAGCAAGGUCGGACAAUUUAUUCAAUGUUUACUUCGUCAAAAUGGGAUGGGCCUGGACGCUGCUGUUCUCGUUACCGUUUCUGGCGAUGACUUCAGUAACGGUGUGCUGUGGAGACCACCAGAGAUUAGUGCGGAACCAUCUUCCCCGGCUGGGAAUCGCCACCGGGUUCUGGUUCGUGUGGACCAAACUAUUCAAUGUGAUUGAAUCGUCCUAUGGGCGUUGUAGUGUACGAGGUUUCGAUUCGAAAUCCGGUUGCCUGAAGGCGGGACACCUUUGGAAUGGAUUCGACAUUUCCGGUCAUGCGUUCAUUCUGAUCUACUCCAGUUUGGUGCUCAUGGAGGAAGCACGGUCUAUUAUCGGUUGGGAGAGCAUCAAGGAGCAUCUUAGGAAUGAGGAACACAACCGAACAAAGCAAGACAGCUCGCAAACGACUAAUCCAUUGAAGAGUCUCAAGGAUGACGAUUUGAAGGCGUUGAAAUACUUUUACACACGAUUUACUCCGACGAUCCGGUUGCUGUUCAUUGGAAUGACUAUGCUGCAGCUUCUUUGGGACAUUAUGCUCGUCGGCACCAUGCUGUACUACCACAGGAUGGUAGAGAAAGUCCUAAGCGGAAUAAUCGCCGUUUUGACGUGGUUCUUCACGUACCGAGCUUGGUAUCCUGCGGCUUCCCUCUUGCCCGACCCCGUAGGCAAAGGAAUGUUCAAUUAUCAAUCCACAUCCAAACCAGCCGAAAUCGGCAUCCGGAGAAGAGCUAGUCUCCUCCAGCCGAACUCAUCCCAAACGCAGGACAUCCCGAAGUUUAUGGGCAUGCCACUGUACGCAGCACGGCAGCAACAGAAUGCCACUGCAUCGACCGCCGGGCUAGGCUCCCCGACGGAAAGCGGAAACAUGGGGCAAGGCUUCCCUGCAUCAUCCUCCUCCUAUGUAAGUAACAUCAACGCAGCACGGUUAGGAACGGCAUUUGGCGAAACGACUGGUCCGCCGUUCUCGAGGUUUCAGCAAAGUGCGCACCGCAGUAGGUUUGAUUGAGAUUUUCCUGAUUGACACACACUUAUUACUUAUGGUGAGAGGCUGUUUCUUUAGUUGUAAAUUGAACAGUGACUAUCGUAGUAAGACACCAAAAUCUGUGAACAGAAGUUCUUGCUUGCCUUCCAACGACGCUAUUAUAGUUUCAACAAAUUUACUGAUUCAAGUCUGGCACACUGUGCUUCUCAGACACAAAGAGGUGGCAUUUCAUUGUCCUGUUGUUUUUUUUUUGUUAAAGUUUAAAUUUUAGUUCUAUUUAUGUUUAAUUUGAAUUGUUCAUUCAAUCACACACACUACGUACUACGUAUUCUUAAAGAAUUGUAAUUAACAAUGAAAAACUAUCAACAAUGACCAGUGCAUUAAGGAAAUAAUUGAUGUGUUUGCUUUUAUUUAUAUCGACCAGAUGAAGGUAUUGGGAGCACACCAUCGGUUGCAUUAGAUGCCCUUCUCAAUAUGUUACCAUUGCAUCAAUUUGUUCAACUGCAAGCGGCAAAAAGUGCCCUGCAGUUUCUGCGUCACAACAAACUGCUAGAAGCUGAUCUCGUAAGACAUUUGAAGAUCGUCAAAGACUUCAAUUUAAACUCAGAUAUUAAAAUAGAUCCUAGAGGAUUAGAUGAUUACGAAGACCAACUAUGACUAUGAUGUUCUAUUCCCUUUAAUGUGGUUUAACCAAGCCGCUAUAUUUGGGAUUCAGGUGGGCCAAGCUUACGUCCAGGUUCUUUUGUAUUUUAUGCUGAUGGGUCUAAGAUGGAGAAAAAUACUGGUGCUGGAGUUUUUGGUCCAGGUAUACUGCCCCCACUCGCAUAACAGUCCCAUUUAAUAGGAAACCAAGCAAACAUGGGACUGUUAUGCGAGUGGCGGCAGUAUAAGUAAAGCUAUACCAAAUGGGAUGUAGUCCCACUGUUUUUCAAGCAGAGAUUCAAGCCUUAUUAGGAGCUGCUCUAAAUGCACUAAGCCACUAAGGACAUUCACGCGCCAGUCCAAGCUAGUGUGAGAAUGCAUUCUUUCUCUGAAGCAGUUGGCCAGUAGGAACAAAGUAACAUUAUACUGGGUGCCCGGCCAUUGUGAAAUUCAGGGAAAUGAAAACUCCGACAAUCUAGCCAGACAGGGUGCAGCAUCGAGCUUCGUAGGCCCUGAACCAUUCUGUGGAGUUCCUGAGUGUACUCUUAGGACGAAACUAAAACUAUGGGAAAUGUCUACGGUAGAAUCCAAUUGGAAUGCCACGGAUACAUCCAGACAAGCAAAAAAGACCUAGUGCAGCAAAAGCAAAAGCCAGGACCAUGCUAAAUUUAAACAAGAGAGACCUGAGGGUAAUAACGGGCCUGAUGACCGGUCACUGCCCCAGUAAGUACCAUCUACACAAAAUUGGAAGAAUCCAAUCAUCUGAGUGUCGUUUUUGCCAAGGUGAAAACGAAAUCGCUAAACAUUUACUCUGCAGCUGUGGAGAGCUAUCCAAUCAAAGGUUGUCAAUAUUCGGAAAAGGGUCAUUAGAGCCCUUGGAAGUUUGGCAAUGUAAUCCUAAUAGGGUAAUAGACUUUCUAAAACGAGUUGUGCCUAGUUGGGAUCAAGUGCUAUAUCAACCAAUGUCCAUCACAGCUCAAUUGUGACAGGAUAAUCGAUUAUGGAGUAUGGAGUAUCACCAGUGGCCCGCGGCAGUAAAAGGUUGGACGAGCCUGCUGUAGAUGCUAGCCAGUCGUCCUUUAUCGAAAAGCACCGAAACAUCAUUGAAGCAUGGAACGUAUUUUCCGGAGAUAAUCGAUCAUUAUAGAUACGCCCCUAAGUAUUUCGUAUAUUAUCAGAAAUUUCAACAAGAAAAUUUGCAAGGAUACUAUCAAUUUCUCAAACUUCUUUAGGAAAGUUUCCCAGGACUGUUUUAUAAAUUCCUAAAAAAAAAUGAUCUGAAAAUUCCUAAAUGAAUUUUGUAACAGUUUUCAUCAAUGCAUUCUAAAGCCUGGAACACAUAGCGUCCGUUCCGUCGAGGUUUGCGUUUUUUUGACAGUUUUCCCAUGUGAAAUGUGUCAAACUAGUGUCACGCACACGCAAACGUAUGCAUUGUGUGGGGCACUUAAGGUAAUGCUUUGUAUAACUGUCUUUAAUCAAUUAUUCUAAAACGCAUUAAAUGGAUAGAAAGUUUCCCAGAACUGUCUUAGAAAUUCCUGAAAAAAUCAUCUGACAAUUCCACAAUGAAUUUUGUAAUAGUUUUCAUCAAUGCAUUCUUAGAUAAUGCUUUGUAUAACUGUAUUUAUUCAAUUAUUCUACCCACGCCUUUGAUAUAAAUGGACAGGAAUUUCUCAUAAAAUGGAUUGAAAAGUCGGAAACUUUAAUAUUCGAAAUAAAUCUACAUCGUGUGACAUAAGUGUCUUUCAAAAUGUUUUUAGCAUUGUUAUGCCAUAAACACCACUCGGAAAUACGGCCGAUUCCGAUUCGCAAUAAGAGAUUAAUAGAUUGCAAAACACAUCAUGUUUUCCUUAUAGCAACGGGAUAUCCAUACCACUUUUGGAAAAAUAUCACAUCAACAUUUUUUGUAGAAUUCAUUCACAACUAAUUUCCUUAUCGAACCUACAUGACAAAUAAAGUAUAUCGAGCACGAGUGUUGAGGAUAAAACCAUCGAUUUAAUAUAAUUCUAAUUAUAAUAACUACAUUUGGUGAUUGGCUGUUUUCGAGCGGUUAAAACAUAGAUGGUUUAUAAUAAAUCUACCAAAGUUUCUAAAAAAAAACAA